UCCUCUGGCUGCAAUUCGGUGAAAGUAACUGUAAAUGUCGAUCUACGUGGAACUAUCAGUAAUGCGAUUUGUCCCGACAAUGAGAUUAUCAUAGGGUUCCUAGCAAUUCCUGGAAAGGAAACUUCCUGGGAAGAGCUAGACCAGCAGAUCUUCUCUCUAUUUGAAGCCUAUAUAGCCCGUAUUGAUCCCGAUCAUCAUCUUGGACUACAUUGCUCGGAAAGUGUAAUAGGUUAUCAAAUGGGUGAAGUAGUCCGUGAGAAGGGCGCCACAUCCCCAGCCCAAGUGCCGGGAGAUGUUCUAGCACCCACAACUACUGUUAGAAUGUUCUUGAGA